UACCGAAGUGUUCCCCGCGAAAUGAGGAAAGCCAGAAAAAAUGCAGAGAAUCAAGAUGAUUUGUCGAUAAAGAGUUCAUCCUGCCAGCAAACCCAAGGCCAAGAUGUCUUGUGACACUCACAUUCUUGGUUAUGCAAAAGGAUCAAUCAAGUACGAUGGGUUGACCGACAGCAAAAAGGGCUGGUUAUCUGGAGCCCUUACGAUCAGGAGAGACCCUCAACAUAAUGUCAUCAAACUCUUCAUGUCCUACGAUGCAAACCCUAAAGCUCCUGCUCCGUCAUUUCCGCUGACAAGUAAAAGUCUAGAGAAAGUGACGGGUUAUAACAAUUACAGCCGCAUAAUGAUCAAGUUGCGUGACAGUAAUGGAACUACCAUAAUGAUCAGGGAAGGAGAUCCUUUGGUCCUGAAAACUUUUCAUGACUGUUUGAAGAAAAUACAGAAAAGAGAGAUAAGUACCACACCAGACUUUGUACCAUAUCAGAGUCACUCUGACGCUGUCCUAAAGACGCCAAACCGGACGUUUGAUACCCCUGCAGCCAAGUCGACCCCGAGGUCUGAACACAAAUACAAUAAAGAGAACACUUGUCAAGGAUCAGAAAAGAAAUUCCCCAGUUCCCACCACGGAGAAAGAAAGACUGAUAGAUCAAGACAAUUUCUCGAAAAGGCAAAAGAGAAAUCCGGAGAGACACUGGAGUUGGAGUCGUACAAACCUGUACUUUUCUACAACGUCUCAUCACAGAAAUCAUAUGGCGCAUUCGGAAUGAGUAGUGGUAUCAAGCGUGCACCUGGGUUGGUGAGUUUAUCAGCAGGCCCAAAGUUGAAGAAGCCUCGCUUAGUAGAUGCUUGUGCCAGCAGUUAUGUCUGGGGAAAAUCUCAUAGUUCAUCCAGUUUUAAUUCACAAGCUGCCGGUCUUCAGGGCUUUUCAAACCUUGGCAACACAUGCUACAUGAACGCCAUCCUUCAAGCACUGUUCAACUUGGAAACGUUCUCCGCCGAUAUCCAGAAUGAAAAUCUCCAUCGCAAGAUGCCCAACAACGAAAAUCUCUUCAAAUCCCUGGCUCAUCUUCUGCGAUGUAAGAAGGCACAAGUUUCACAAGAGAAGAGACGAGCAGCAUUACGCCAAGUCAAAAGUGCAAUUUCUACGACUGCUAAGAGGUUCUCGGGUUAUGAACAACAUGAUGCACAUGAAUUCCUGAAUCAAGUACUAGACCAAUUGAAAGAGGAAAUCAUCAAGGCAAGCAAGCCUCCGCCACACCUCGAUGAUGACAAUGAAAACGUCCCUGUUCAAGAAUUGCUGCUGAAUCCGACGUCCAUGAACUUCGAGUUUGAGAUUAUUCACACUAUUACUUGUCAAGUGUGUCACGAACAGGUCACGAAGACUGAGCAGUUUGUCGACCUGUCAGUAGAUAUGCCGAGAAAGUACAAAAAUUGUCCAUACCCACUCUCCCUCCAAGAUGCAUUAGACAAUUUCCUCCGGAAGGAGAUGAUAGAGUACAGAUGUGAAGAGUGUGGGCAUAAAGAGUCCGAAGUCACUCACAAGUUUGCCAAAUUGCCACGGGUUCUCAUCCUUCACCUAAAGCGAUACUCCUACAACACCCUAGCUGCCAAUUAUAAGACUGCCCGAGACAUAGACAUUCCAAAAUUCAUUGCGCUUGGUCCACAUUGCGAGGAGGAAACUUCACCACCACAGCCACCCUCAAUGCAUAUGACUCCACAAAAGCGACCACCCAGCCAGAAACCACAGGACUUCGAUGCCCCUGAUGGAACUAGGCGGAGAUUAGACUUGGAUGCUCCUGGCGGGAGAAAGUUCUCAUUCAAAAGGGCCAGCACUUUUGCAGACAGUGAUGAUGACUCUGAGAAAAAGCCACAGCCUUCAAAAUCUCGGGCUGAUGCGGAAGCAUUUAGGGUUAUUCAAGAGAGCUUAAAAGAGAAACAAAUGAUGGAGGAAGCCAAAAGACGGGAAGAACGUGAAUUCCGCGAGGCAAUGGAGCUCAGCAAGGCCGAGUCUCAGCAACGAGAGGUGCCAAAAAAAACUGUAGAGAUCUCAAACUUUACGUCAGGGUACAUCAGUGCAUCUCAACUCGAGAAGAUGUCAGAGGAGGAAAUGAUACAGUAUGCCAUGAACCAGAGUUCAGUGGAGACUGGGGCAUCUUUAGGUGAUGAGAAUGGGGGGUCUGGAAUAGACAAAAACGGAUCGGAUAUAUCGAGAGAAAGCGAUGGUCCAAUUUCUAGCUGUGGUGCUCAUCGGAACAAUCGUGUGACAUCUGGCGGAACGGAGUCGGAAAGUGACCAUCAUUUGACAGGACUCAAGAAAACUUCUGGUAUUGAUGUUUUGGAGCAAUUCGGUGCGAUAUUGGAGCAUACAGAGUCAUAUUUUGAAGGAGCGGAAGAGGACUUUUUGGUUACAGAUGGACGGCCAGCCAGUCUUUGUGAUUCCGACUCCGAUAAAGAGGGCUCAAAUUCUGUGGAGUGUUCAGGUGGUGGUGCUGGCGGUGGUGGGGAUAAUUCCCAGCGGGGUUUAAAUGGUGCUGUUUCUGAUGCGAAAAACUCUGUUCAAAGCGUGACGGUUAAAAUUAAAAAUGGACCGGAUGGCGAUAUUGCAUCGUAUUUUGACGAAGAUUUGGAUGAUUCGGUUCUGUUGGAAAUUGACAAACAUUCUGAUCAAAGUCACGGAGAAAGUGGCAAACAGGAAUCGAGUGAAAAGGAACUGGUUGUCAUAUCGUCUGCUGAAGAUGAUGACCCUUUCAACUGUAAUAAGGCAGCGGUGCAGUCAGGGGACAUAUUUGAUUCUGACACUUCAAGGAAAAGAUGCAAAUCUGGGGACCCAUUCAGUUGGAAUCAAACAAAAACUUUUAUUUCAAAGAAACCAAGGGAACACACGCCAGAACGUUUGACGUUAAAACGACAAGGAUUGAGCUAUAGUAAAUCUGAACAAAAACUCAAACAGACGAGCCUCUCAAAAUCAUUUGGUCGCAGAGCUUUCAGCGCACAGAAGUAUGACCGUUCCAAAAGUUAUGAUACUUGGGAUGCAGUAUCUAGUGGCAGUUUGAAGAAACGGCCUACGGAUAAGAAUUCGGUUCCGGACUUUUUGCACUCGAGUAAUUCCAAAUCAGCAGGUUUUGAUGUUACCGACGGGUUGGCUUCUAGUCGUAAAAAAGAGCCCGAGGACAAACAUGUCGCACCAGAAUCUUCUUCUGAUGACGAUCAGGAGUGUCAUUGGAACUCUCUCAGUGAGGCUAAGAGGAGACACCUUUGUGGAGGCUUUGAGAGAUCACAGCAUGGUGCAAUGAGAUCUCCUAUUCGAUAUCCCCACGAUGAAGUUGAUCUGUCCUGCCCAGAUGUAAAUGACCUACAUGACCUGACCUCUAGCCAGCCUAAAGAAGGCUGCUCCGCCCCAAAGCUGACAGCGCCCAGUUCUGAUUGGAUGAGAGAGUAUGCCCGUGAGAAUGAAGACAAUCAGCUGGCAGCUGCUCUCGAGAAAAGUCGAACUGAUACGGGUCAUGCAGUGACUGAUUUUGACGAAGAGGAAAUUCAGCGAGCUAUAGAAAAGAGUUUGCUUGAAGGCAUACAACUUCUCCCAUCAGAUAUUGAAAAAGAUGAAAACGACAACGAAGUCGAGGUGGAGAGGAGUGAAGAAGAAUAUAAAGUACUCAGGGAAAAUGCAGAGAAAGGUGACCUGCCCUACUCUUAUCAGCUCACCAGCGUGGUGUGUCACUUGGGCAGCAGUUCCUCAGCUGGACAUUAUGUCAGUGAUGUGUACGACAUCAGGAAACAGGCGUGGUUUAGUUAUGACGACUCGCGCGUUCACAACACAAAUGAGGAAGAUGUCCGGGCGUCGCGCAAGAAAUCUGGAUAUAUUUUCUUCUACAUGAACAGAGAUGCAGUUGAAGAACUGAAGGACUUCUAUUCGAAGCGAAAUGGGAAGUUGGCUCAGUCCAAGCCGAGCAGCAGGCACUCAGUAGGAUAGAGACAGCACCAAGCAGCAGACACUCAUUUAUAUCAAAACUUGUCAGCAAUUACCCAUUUUGAUGAAAAUUACAGUGAAUUAAAUAAUAGAAUGAGUACUAGUGAAGCGUUAUUUUCUGAUCUGAUAUUCGGAGAAAUGGAUCAUUUGUCCAAGUUUUGUUUCAGAGGAAAAAGAGGUUUCGGCAAUUAUCAAAUUCACAAUCUUAGCAUUUGAAAUAAGGUUCUCUAUAAUUUUUUUUGAACACGUUCUUGUGUAAUGUACAUUGUAAAUGUUUAUUUCUCUUGAAAAGAUUGCGUUGAUGGAUGUGUUCAAAUAAUGUUGAAGAAGAAUUGCUUUUGUAUUUUUGAUUAUGAUGAAAUAUAUGGAAGAA